UUCCAUCUCCGUAUCAGUCUCUGUUCCAUUAAAAACCAGCCAACCGCUCUUUUUUGAUUCUCUGAUGGUGAUAUUGAUCUUGUACUGAAUGUUAGGGUUUGUUUGUUGUUUUCCUUUGCUUCUCCAUUGAAAUGCUUUGGUUCAGUACUCGAUUUGUUGUGGUCUUAAGGUGUGUGGGAGUUUUUGAAGAAUAUAUUUCCAGCUCAAAUUAGGGAUUCGGAGACGGAUCUGUUGCGAGAGACUUACUAUGAUGAAAUGCUGAGACAUUCACUCAUGGACGUAGCCAACUCGAUUCAACAAAGUGUCUAUUCUCCUUAUGGUGCAAAAGCCCCAUCAAAUGAAGAUUAUGGUCUUGAAAGCUUGAAAUCUCACGAGAAGGAAGCUAAUAGCGCUACUGAGUUCGAAACGAGCCUGAUUAAAUCAAUCAUACAUGAUGACAAGGCGCAGUUCAAUUCUCUCUCAAGGUUUCUCCUUGAUUCUAAGAACUUCUCCACAAUGGAUCGAAUAAUUGUCUCCAAGCUUCUCCACCUCUGCUGCUCGUUUGAUUCUGUCGACUGCGCUACGUCUCUGGUUAGCGGCGAGCUAGGAGUCGUUCCGUUGGUAAAUGAGGUGGAUUCUGAUGGGAUGUCACCGCUGCACAAGGCGGCCAUGUCUCAUUCCGCGCGUUGCGUGGAGUUGCUGCUAAAGAAACGCUCCCGUACGGACCUGAAGACAAGAGACGGACGCGGACUGCUACCUCUGGAGCUAUCCCUGUCGAGAACCAGAUUGGAUGUGAUCUGGAGCUCGGAAGAUAACUCCGUUGAAGAGUUAGUCGAUCAGCUUAGUGAAAAGGAUUUCACCGCUAUAAAGCUUCUUAGUGAGAAGACAAAGGAGAUCGAAGAGGUGGCGUAUGCGAGCGCCAUGGAAGGGCGCGUCGUGGAUAUAGCUUGUUUGCUUGUAGUAGCGGCACAGAAAGUAAAUGAAUCGAUGUUGGAGUUGCACAAUGCUGAUUUAAAUUCCAAAGAGAAGACUACCAUUUACGAGUGCGUGAUCAGAGAGGCAUUGGGUCUUGGCCGUGCUGAAAGUGCAACCCCACCCAAAGCCGCUAAACGGAACUUUGCUCCUAGCAAGAGCGAGAGUACCGGCAAAAGGAAGCUUUUGCUUUGCGUGAUUGAGCUGCUUCAGCUAUUCGGCGCCGUUGCGCAAGCCAGUUGUACGGACAAAAGGGUGACGUCACCCUUGAUCUUGGCGUCGCUGGCUCUAGAUGAAGCAAUCAUUGAAUUGCUUAUGAAGACCAACAUGGACAUCAAUGAUGUGGAUACUGAAGGGAACUCUGCUCUUCAUUGGUGUCUCAAGGCAUCCAAAGGAUCGUGUUCUCAGCAGAUCAAGAUUAUGUGGCUCCUGCUGAAGCAUGGUGCUAGAGUGAACCAAAAAAACAAACUGGGGCUAACUGCAGUCCACAUUGCUGCUGCGAAUGGUAAUUCACAGGCACUUAAGGUCCUUUUAUCGGAAGACCCUGAUAGUGUCAACUCCAAAACAGAAACAAAAGAAACCCCAUUAUUUUUUGCAGUGAAGAAUGACUGUAAGGAUUGUGUUGAGAUUCUUUUGCGAUGGGGAGCUAGCACAGAAGUCUUUAAUUUGCGUAAGCAAAGACCAGUGGACUUAGCAGAGUCACAAGAGAUGCGGUUCUUGCUUAAUGCAACAAAUAUUAGUCUCACAAAUUGCGCUCUCCCCGUUAGACAGAAAUAUACUGCAUGGUUACAAGGAAAUGAGGUGAUCGCAGAGACAUAUGAAGAGCUUUUGACCAUGAGUGAUGAAGGCAACACUAUUAACAGGACUUGCUCAAGUACAAAGAUAGAGGCGUGCAAAUACUUUAAUUAUCCUACUGGAUGUGCUAGAGGCAGUAAGUGCUUUUAUGCGCACAGUGGAGAGGAGCUUAGGCAGAAGAAGCAUGAAACAGACACAAUUAAUUCAUCCACUGCACAGGACCUUGACCGGAAAAUUUUUGUAGGAGGCUUGCCUCUGUCUUUGGAUUCUGCAGAUUCAUUGCAAAAAAUUUUUGAAGAGAAAUUUGGUAUGGUGGAUGAUGCGAAAAUUGUUGGAGUUCAAACAGGAGAUAAGAUACAAUCCAGAGGAUUUGGAUUUGUAACCUUUAAACACAAGAAAUCUGUUUCAGCUGCUGUUGAAGCACACUAUGUUGCUCUUAUGGGCAAGCAAGUUGAGAUCAAAAGUGCACUGCCGAAAUGCCUUUUACUGGCUGAGCUUCAGAAGUCACCUUCACAAGAUGAACAAGAACAGAAUGACCAGCAUCUACCACGAGAGCGGACCCCUGAGGUGAAGAGUUUAAAGGAGAUGGCGGAGUGGAUGACACCUGAAAUAAUGGCAAAAGAGGACGUGCCCAGUGAGAAGACUGAAAAAGAGAUGGCUAGUUGUAGGACCACAGAAGAGGCUAAAUCUAAGCCAUUAUCGUGGGCUGAUGCAUUAAUCUGUGAUCAGCAGAGGACAUUUUCUGAUGAAUCUCGAAUGUACAAGGAAAACAUGCCAACAUGGCUCAGAACUUUCAGGAAGUGGCUCCCCGACUUUUUAAAGCAGGUAGUAAAGAGGGAUGGAGAAUAUGCUCUUUCAUCUCUGAAAGCAGAUUUCAGGGCUGCUUUUGGCCUAGAAUUGGAUCACACCUCUCUUGGUUUCCUAAAGCUCAGUGAUUUCAUGAGAUCUUUCCCAGACCUUUGCCGCAUUGAGUUUGCGCGAAUGGGAAAACAGAAACCUGCCAAUCACAUGAUACUUUUUCCUAGCCUUCAUAAGUCUCACCAUCAGCCACUUGAACCUCCAAAGAUAGACAUUCAGUCUUCUCAUGCAACUGACAGCAGCAGUAAUGGAGAUACUAACGAAAGUAAAUCUGGCUUUCUGGAUGUUCAAUUGUUGUCUAAUGAGAAUGAUGACUCGACUGAUGGCAGCUCUAAGUUGUCCCAUCAAAUGUCUGAUGAGAAUCCAGAGGGCUCAGCAGAUAGUGUGACCUCCUUUUUUCUUCAAUUUUUAGAGCCAGACCCAACCUUUCAUGAUAGACCAUGGCUAUAUGGUGAAUCUGAUAGUGGAGCAGGAGAUCCUGUUCAUGGAGGUGAACUGGGCGAGGAGUUUAAAGCAAUGAAGCCCCAGCCGCUAGAGCAACAUGUGGUUUUGGAAUCCCUUUCCAGAAAAAGGAAUAAUUCAUCUGUCUUCUUUCUUCGUGAAUUUGAUUUCUACGAUAACUACAAGGCAAGCAUUGUGCAAGGAAGGUGCUUUAGUUGCAACCAGCAUAGGCUGUUGUGGGCCAACUUUCCAUGCCAGCACUUGUUGUGGUGUGCUGACUGUAAACCACAGAUCACGCAGACGCCCUUCAAUUUUGAGCACAAAUGUGUGGUGUGUGAUGUCAAAGUACAGAAAAUAGAUUUGAUCUCAUGGCAAGAUCACCAUUAUACCACAGAUAACACAGCCCUCAUUGAGUUCCCACCUUUUACUUCUGAUUACAUAAGAAAUUUGUCCAAGAAGAGAGAUCUCUUUUGAGACCCAGCCAAUUGGAUAUUUUGUUGCAGCUACUCUCUGCAUAAAUAGAAGGCUAAAGCAGAAGUAAAUGGACCAAAAAAAAAAAGGAGGUGGUCAUAGUAAGUGCGUAAGUGUGAUCAGCCGACUAUUCCUCUUAAUCUGAAAAUUUGUACAAAACAGAUUACUCCACAGAACUCUGAUGUUCUUUUGUGGUGAAACAGAGUUGAGUGACAUUGUAAGUGUGGUUGCCUUAGGCAACUGUCAACCCCUUUCACCCAUUUACUGAUUUCUUCUGACAUGCAGUUUGACGAGCAUGUAUAGUUCUAUAACACAAGUUUUUGGAUGCCAAGUCCUUUCUUUGCUUUGUAAUGCUAGGGCUAGUGUAAAGUUCUGAAUCAUGGCUACAAUGCCUAGAAUGGAUGUUUUUGAAUGCUGCUGCUUCUUCUUCUCCUUUAUUACUGUCAUUGACUGUACCGGCAUAUGACAAACUGGAUGAAUGUAUCAUAUUUGUUUUAGGAUU